GGAUAUAACUGUGGUCAGAUUUACCAAAUGGAGGGAGAGCUUUGUACGUGUCUCUGUGUGUGGAGUACAGGUGCUCUAGAAUUUUUUCCCCCCCCUCUGGUUGCACUUUUAACAUGCUGAUGGAAAUUAUGUUUAAGUAUCCCUGCAUUAAAGUCUCCGGCUACUAGGAGAGCCGCCUCUGGGUGAGUGGUUUCCUGUUUGCUUAUUUCCUUAUACAGCUGAUUGAGUGCGGUCUUAAACAGCCACGAAAAGUAUAGCUGAAAACUCUCUAGGCAGGUAGUGUGGUCUGCAUUUUAUCACAAGAUACUCUACUUCAGGAGAGCAAAAUCUAGAGACUUCCUUAUAUUUCGUGCAGCAGCUGCUGUUUACAAAUAUGCACAGACCACCCCUCUCGUUUUUACCGGAGUGUGCUGUUCCAUCUUGACGAGAAGUCUGUGUUCAAUGCCUGGCUUUGUUCGUUUUGCAUGGCCCGGUUCCCCGGUUGAGUGGAGAUUGCAUAUUUUAGAAUAUUCCAUUGGUCCUUAAGUGAAUUCUCCACCCACACGGGGGAACUGGGCCAUGCAAAACAAAAUGGUCCAAUCAGAAUAGGGCUAUAGGGGUUGGGCAAGUGAGUGCUCUUGGGUUGUGUAUAGUUAAUUAUUCCAGGAAGAGAAGUGCAUUGCAGUGUUGCGUGGGGAGGAGUAACAUUUUCAUGUCAUUUCUCUGAAGUGGAACUAAAGCGCGCAGUAUGUUGUGCAUGAGACCCAACUCCCCAGCUCUUCAGAAAACUAUUAAAUAGUGAAAUUCAGUCUUUGGACCUCUUAACACCUAACAGAAAGUAGAACCUAAAUCUUAUCCACAAACACAGGCAGAUAUGGCGUCCUCCAGCAGUGUCCUGUCUGAAGAGCAGUUCCUGUGUUCUAUCUGUCUGGAUGUGUUCACUGAGCCCGUCUCUAUUCAAUGUGGACACAACUUCUGCAUUGCCUGUAUCAGGACGUAUUGGGAUGGCAAUGAAAUGUGCCAGUGUCCCAUGUGUAAAAAAACAUUUUAUAAGAGACCAGAUCUGUUCAUCAAUACAUUCAUUUCUGAGAUGGCUGCUCAGUUCAGGAAAUCAGUUCAAGUAAAAGCCACCAGCAGCUCAGACCAACUCCCUGCCAAAACUGGAGAAGUCUCCUGUGACAUCUGCACUGGAAUGAAGCUCAAGGCCCUGAAGUCCUGCCUGGUGUGUCAGACCUCGUACUGUGAGACUCACCUGGAGCCUCAUCAGAGAGUCCCAGCCUUAAAGAGACACAAGCUGAUCAAACCUGUGGAGAAUCUGGAAGACAGGAUGUGUAAGAAGCACGACAGACUCCUGGAGCUGUUCUGUAGGACUGAUCAGACAUGUGUGUGUCAGUUCUGCACUGAGGCAAAACACAAGACUCACAACACAGUCCCUCUAGAGGAAGAGUAUGGAGAGAAGAUGGCUGAACUGGGGAAGAUGAUGGCAGUAGUACAGCAGAUGUUGCAUACAAGAUCUAGAAAGGUUAAGGAGAUCAAACACUCUGUAGAGCUCAGCAAGAGAGUUGCAGAGAGAAAGAUAUUAGACAGUGUGCAGGUAUUCACUGCUCUGGUUCGCUCCAUUGAGAGAAGUCAGGCUGAGCUCAUUGAGGUGGUCAAAGAGAAGCAGAAAAAAGCGGAGAGGCAGGCUGAAAGGCUCAUUAAAGAGCUGGAGCGGGAAAUCACUGAGCUACAGAGGAGAAGCACUAAGCUGGAGCAGCUCUCACACACUGAGGACCACCUCCACCUCCUACAGAGCUUCCCAUCUCUUUGCACCCUUCCACCCACCAAGGACUGGUCUAAGAUCAGUGUUCACAGUGAUCUGUAUGUGGGGACUGGGAGGAGAGUUGUGUCCCAACUGGAGGAGACACUGAAUAAAGAGAUGGAUAAAGUCAAAUUGAAGAGGGCGCAGCGCUAUGCAGUAGAUGUGACUCUGGACCCUGAUACGGCAAAUCCCUAUAUCAUCCUGUCGACAAGUGGGAAAGAAGUGAGAUAUCAACAGAAACAACAAGAUCUCCUUGACAACCCAAAGAGGUUUUCCACCUGUCCUUGUGUCCUUGGAAAUAAAGGUGUCUCCUCAGGAAGAUCGUACUAUGAGGUGACUGUUAAGGGAAAGACUAAGUGGGAUUUAGGAGUGGCCAGAGAGUCCAUCAACAGGAAGGGAAAUAUCACUCUGAGCCCUAAGGAUGGAUACUGGACUGUGGCACUGAGGGAAAGGUGUAAGUACCUAGCCUGUACCUCCACACCUGUCCUCCUCUCCCUGAGAGAAAAGCCCCAGAAGGUGGGGGUGUUUGUGGAUUAUGAGGAGGGUCAGGUCUCCUUUUAUGAUGUAGAGGCCAGGUCUCACAUCUACUCUUUCACUGGCUGCACCUUCGCUAAGAAACUAUAUCCAUACUUAGGACCUUGUGCUAAUUUUGGGGAUGAAAACUCUGCUCCUCUGAUUAUCUCCCCUGUCAAUCACACAGACUGAGGAUGACGUUUUGACAUUGCCGAAGUGUGGAGAUGUUACCAAAGAUAAUGGUAUCCUGACAAAUACUCAGCAUGGACCUGGAUUCCGUUAAGUUUAAAAUACUGCACUUUGCAUUAACAUCACAUGAAUCACAGAAAAAAAGAUCCCUGCAAAUAUUUAGUUUAAUAUUAGAUUAAAUUGUUCCAGUCUCUUCCGUUUGGUCAUUUCUUAAUGUACAUAUACAUAAUGUGUGUUUAUGUAAUAAUGUGGUGCUGAUGUGACUGACUGUAUUGCGAUUCAUUUCAUGUCAUCUCUGACAUCAAUGAUUUAGCAAGUGCUCUCCUGUCCCCAUCGUGCUUUACAACACACGACUAUAUUUUGAAGUGCCUUUCUUGUGUUGCUUGUUCUGUCUUUGAUUGUAACACAAUGUCAUUACAUUUGAAAACACCAUUAAAGAAACAACUGCAGU